AUGUCUCCCGCUCCGGUUGCUGGAUCGUCCCAGACGUAUUCUGCCCUUCCACAAGCAGGGAAAACGCAUUACAAUGUCCAACAAUCCGAACAAUCCUCGGCGUCGGAUACGCGACCGCCACCUACACAUGGAAGAGGCCUUUGGGACAAGCUCGGGUGGUACAAUAUCGGUGUUCUUGUUUUUGGAACUAUUGCAACCCUCUUAGCAGUUGCAUUUCUAGGACUGCUGUGGGCAGGAUCGCGUGACGCGAUGCAAGGCGGAGCUGCACCCCCAGUGUGGUAUCAUAUCGUUGAAAGAGCGUGGACCGCGCGAGUUGUAACCAUCUGCACUGUCGCCAUCAGGCUUGCAAUCACAGCUCAGAUGGGUGUAUUUAGCGCUCUUGUAGCAGCACUGGUUCUCGAGAACAUUGGAGUACCCACAUCACGACUACCUCUCCUAUCCGUUAUUCGAAGUGUAAACACCGGCCCACAAACUCACUGGACCAACAUUCUUUCUAUUCACACUCCAUCGCAAUUUUUCUAUGUUGCUGCCGUCGUACUCGCCGUCCUAAACUCAUUCGCACUACAAUUCACUUCGACCCUCCUCCUGAGCGAUUUUGGACCUACGCCCGUUGUUUUCGAUAGUAACUCGAGCUCUAUUGCCUAUGGUAUACCAGUAAACAGCUCCCUGAGUGGGACGGAUUUCUUCACCUCAGGGAUGGACUACAUAAAAAAUGCGCCAUCGACGUACGCCCGAUUCGCCGAGUACACUGAGUCGCCGUACGAGGCCAUAAACUACGUAGACACCGGAAAGGCGCUUCGUGCUUAUCUUCCGUUCAAUUCUCUGGAUCAGCGCAGCUUGAGAAGCUAUAAUGGGCCGGCCAGUGUUGUCGACUCAAGGGUCAUGUGCGUUGCGCCGUCGUUGAUCAUCACCCGGAUUUCUUUGAAUAGCGACGUGCUGACAGUAGCGGGUAACUUGACUUGGGAAGGCUCGUAUCCUGCUCUCAGGUCCACCAAUUCUUCAGAUGCCUCUGAGGAAAGCGAUGUCACACCGCAGUUUGUGUGCGCGGCUACCAUGUCAUCAGAAGACGAUGUUUCCUCCUACUGGGAGAUGUCGGUCUGCUUUUCCUACUUCCUUGACUCAAUCCAGUUUUCGGAGAAUAUACAAGACGGAGGCCCAAUGCAAAGUCCUUUUCAAUUCUUGGUAUUGAACACGACGGGUGCCAUGAGCAGUUGGGACACGGCAUACUAUGAUGACAGUGUACUCGAAGAGGAUCGCGGACAGUUGGAGUGGAAUCAGACCUCUUCAGGCCCUUGGACGAAAUUCACCACCAGCAACAGUUCAUUGGGCCUUGGUUUGGAUGCUAGCUUGUGCUUUGCGGACUUCACUACGACCGAGUAUGACGUCGUCAUACACAGCGACCAGGAUUAUACUGAGCCCGAACUGCAAUGGAACAGUGCCUCUCAAUCCUACUCCACCGAUGAUAUUCAGCGCGUGCUCGGUGCAACCUCUGAGUCGUCGCUCUCAUUACGCGGUAUACCCAGUUUACGUCCAGCAAUAGACUGGAGUUAUUCUAGUAUGAAGAACGCAACUCAAUCAUCUAUAUGGUCAUCUAUCUAUACGGUGAUCAAGUCUAAUUUCAUUUUUCUCAAUCUAGGGUCUGAGUUCACUGAAGGGGAACCAACCCUCGUCAUGUCCUCGAAAAGUACAGGUCAAUCAGUCCAUAGAUCACACGCAGCCAUCUUUCAGGACAUCAUGAAGAACACAAAUAACCCAGCGCUCGCGCUCCAGGCCUUUCUUACUGUAAUCACGCAGAUGGCCUAUUAUGACUUUUUCCCGCAAUUCGAGGUCACUGGCCGCUCAACACAUACAGCUUCUUCCACCGUCGUUGUACCAAUGCAAUGGGUCGGCUUUAUCGUCAUAAUGGUACUACUAGCCAUCCAUUUCAUCCUCAUUCUCGCCGCGACGAUCCUGUUCCUCACGAAGACCAAGCAUUCUCUCCUUGGGAAUGCAUGGCAGGCUUUCGCACAAAUUGCUUCAAAAGAUGUGGACCACACUAUUCAAUAUGCGGCCAAUACGACAGACAAUGAGGUUCAGCAGUUUCUCAAAAAGAAUGGGCACGACAAGACUGAGUUCGUUUUGAAGACGGGCUUGGACGAUGGAAGAAGUCAGGCUGUGAACCGUCGUCGUACCGGGAGCACGCAUGAACUGCAGUUGUUGAACAGAAAUGGCGAGCCGAUUGACAAGAUAUGA